CACCGUCGGAAGUCGAAGACGCCUCUUUCUAGCGUGCUCGGCGACGCUCGGUUCUCUUAUUCUCGCUCUUUCUCUUCUUCCUCGCGCAAACGUAUCGCCGAACAAUAUUACUUCACCAUUCUCUUUGUCUGUCUUUGUUGCGCUUCUCGUAUUUCCCCUCUCGCCCCUCUUGGUGUCAGUGGUUUUUACGGUACAAAAUUACGUACGCGCACUAUGCGCACUAGUUUCGGAUAAUAAACCACCCAGUAAUGCUCGGUAUGGCUGUACUUUGCGCAGCGAUGUCAACGAUGACACGAUGACGACAAAUCUUGGCGGUUAAAGCUUGAGAAAGGCGCGAAACGAUAUUCUCGACAUUUAACAUCCUGUAACGUGGCGUUCAAGCGUCUGACUUCUAUCAAUCCGGAAUCGCGGGUUCUUUUGCGAAAGUGUCAAAAAUUGGUGCAUGAUCUACGAAACGUUCGAGGUUUCUUUGAAAGAAGUGCUGUGGCAGUGUCCUAUUUCGAAACGAAUAUGCUACUCUCGAAAAGAAGCCAGAGCCUCGUACUGGAUCGGUCUGUGUGCGUCUUAUGAAACGAAUUAACCUAAGCAAUAAAAGAAGUGCAGAAUCUGUUGAAAAAUGUCGAGUACCGUUCGGUUUUACAAAAACAUCUUCCUUGAAGACGCAGAUUUCUAUGGAUCUGGAAUUGUCCCCAUUUAUUGAGCGUUCCUUUUCUCCGUGUCGACGAGAUAGUCUAUACAUACAAAACGUCAGACAUGUUCGGAUGUCCUAGAGAGGCCGUACGCGUCAAAGUGAAGAAAUGCGAGACAAGACAUCAGCCUGAAUAUCGAAAAUUCAGUGUGGAUCCGCAGAUAACAUCUAUUGAAGUGCUACAGAGUAUACUUAUCAAAGCGUUCGACAUCAAAGGAGAAUUCACUGUUUCUUAUCGAGCGAUAGACGAUUAUGGAUCGGAAACGUAUUUGUUCUUACUUUCUGAUUGGGAUUUGGACGCAGCGUUCAUCAGCGCCUCUGAACCGUAUCUUUACCUGCAAGUAAACUUGAAACCGUUCGGAGAAACAGGUGACUGUGAAUGUUACUGGGAACAGAAUGCGCAGGAAGUGUCGACACGGCAAGAAACCGGGUUUCCAUACAGAACGCCUAAGUUACCUGGUCUCAUAAUGAACAAGAUGGAGAGAACGCUGAACAUGGUUCAGCGUGCUUUAGGUAACUUGGGCGAAGAAUCGACACAUCAACAAGCCGCUCAACCACCGCGACCGCCCUUAACGGACGCUGAAUUCCGACGUUUCUUGGACCCCAUCGGACAAGUAGUACACCCCAAAGAACUGAGAGCUGUCAUAUAUUUUGGAGGUAUCGAGCCUAGUCUACGUAAAGUAGUUUGGAAGCACAUCUUAAAUGUAUAUCCCGAGGGUAUGUCCGGCCGCGAGAGAAUGGAUUACAUGAAGAGGAAGUCGCAAGAAUACUUGAAUCUUCGAGAAAGAUGGAAAUCUUUGGUACAAAAGGGACAGAACGUGGGUGAUUUAGCAUAUGUAACAAGUAUGGUACGAAAAGACGUUCUGAGAACGGAUAGACAUCACAAGUUUUAUGGUGGUUCCGAUGACAAUCAGAACACGGCCAGUCUUUUUAACAUUUUGACUACAUAUGCUUUGAAUCAUCCAAGCGUAAGCUAUUGUCAAGGUAUGAGCGAUCUAGCUUCACCCUUAUUGGUCACCAUGAGAGAUGAGGCUCAAGCGUACAUAUGCUUGUGCGCCCUUAUGAGAAGAUUAAAAGAUAACUUCAUGCUUGAUGGAAUCGCGAUGACCACGAAAUUUGCCCAUUUAGCAGAAGGCUUACAACAUUACGAUCCUGAUUUCUAUGCUUAUCUGAAAUCUCACCAAGCGGAUGACCUGUUGUUCUGUUAUCGAUGGCUCCUACUGGAAAUGAAGCGCGAAUUUGCUUUGGAUGACGCUUUGAGGAUGCUCGAAGUUCUGUGGGCCGCUUUGCCAGCAUCACCGCCAAAUGGAGAACUUAAUUUAGCGGAAGUACCUUUUCCUCCGCCUUCACCUCCGCCAAGCCCGAACGUGAAACAUAUUCGUGAGAACGCAUAUACAAAAGUUUGCGCUAUCAGACGGCAAAGUUCUUCCGCCAGUAUCGCCACUACUGGAAAAAGAAAAACUGUAAACACGGAGGAUCCGUCGCUGCAAAGCUCUACAGACACUAAUGGAGACUCAAAAAGAUCGAGCUCUCCUUACGAGACGUUUUCUGAGCCAGAGAAUGAUUUGACUUCAACGAAGAAUCGACGAAAUACAGAGUCCACGGAAAAGUGCCUAAGUACAGAUUCGCUAUCUGGUAAAUCUAAACGCGUAAACUUAUUGGAAUUGAAAGAAAGACUGUCGUUGCCUAAUAAAGAUCAAUGCAAAAGUAACGAGCAGAAUAACGAUGGCGAGAAAAAAUGUGCUCGUGUAGUAAAGAAUCUAAACGAAUUUUUAAAUUUUACCAGCCUUAAUCGUAGCAAAGUAACACCAUGUGAUGCUGAACCAGAAUUGAGGCGCGUCUCGAGCGAAAGCGGCGUGAUCAGAGUUUUAAGGGACGAACCAAGUUCUCCGGACGAUCCAACCGAUUUCUUCCCCAUGACUACUUCAAUGACCAGAGAAUUAAGACUGGAAUUAGAAUCACUCGAUCGUCAAGUCUUCGGACCAUCGCCACCCAGCGAUCAACAAUGUGAUUGCGUUCUUUCUAAAAGAGAAAGUGAAUUAGGAGAUAGUGAAACAGACACAGAAUUAGCAAAAUGUAGUCCAGCAGAUGUGUUUGUGUGGGAAAAUCCUUUGCACAUGUUGCAGCAGAAACAUCAUCCUGCUACUCCCGACGAACAAGCAGAGCUUGAAUACGACGGUGAAAUAUUGGAAGAUAAAAACGGUGUCAAGUCAGUUACACCAAUUAGAUUACUUAAACGCACUACUAGAUCCGAAUCAGCGUCGGAUAGUGAGGAGGCAGAAAGCUGGCAUCAAAAUGCGACGGUACAAGAAAGCCCGACCAAGCAAACCGUACAAGAACACUGCGAAGAAGCUACGGAGCUUACGAAUCUCAUUCCAGCGGGCACUUGCGAGGAUCAGUUAGGAGAAAGUUCUUUACCUCCACCUCACGAAUUUGGCGGUGGUAAUCCGUUUCUUAUGUUCCUGUGCAUCACCCUGUUAUUACAACACAGAGACUUUGUUAUGCGCAAUCAGAUGGAUUAUAACGAGAUGGCAAUGCAUUUCGACAAAAUGGUUCGCCGACACAAUGUCAUCCGUGUGCUCAAUCAAGCGAGACAACUGUUUGCUGGUUACCUUAGAAGGCAUUCUUCCUCAUCAUUAGCCACGAAAUCAGAUUCUGUAAACGUGUAAUAAUUACUGGUUAAAUGUUGUACUUAACAAUAUCGUAUUAAUACGAAAUGCGAAAUGAACGAUUUUAAAAUAUACAUAUAUUGUACCUUUUAAGACAAAUCACGAGAAGAGAAAAUAAGUUUAAAAUAUGUUUUUUAAAUCGGACAAGACGAAUCAAAAAACUUCUGUACAUUAAACAAAAUAUCAGGUAAAAUACGUAUCAGUGAUAAACUAGGCAAUAAGAAAGCUAUAUAAAAUAACUUCUUCCAGGUGCUCUUUUAACCAUGCGUUCAUGAAAAAUUAUUUAAAUGUUCUUUAAAAAUUUUUUCAAGUUCUCAUCGUUUAACGAAGAAAAAUGAUGAGACAAUAUUUUUUAUAUUAUUUAUUUGCAUUUAUCAACAUUUAUUACUUGCUGAAUUUCUCUUGUUAAUAAAAGUUUAUUUUACUAGGAAAAAUAAGUUUAGCUUCAGGGGCUAAACCUUCCCUGCAAUCAUGUAGGUAUAAGUGAAUACAAAAAUACAUAUAUAUAAACUAAUAAUUAACUACCAUGCAAUAGCAGUUGUCAUUACCUGUUCAGAAUAAUCCUUACAUUUCACGUAUAGUUUUAAAGUCUAUGAAAUUAAGUAAAGUAAACACUCUUCUGAUAAGUCUAUGUAUAGAAAUUACAGCACACCAUUAAAACGAAAUGGAAGCGCUUUGUUCUCGUAACCGAUAUAAUAUUAAAUCUAUUCUUUACCAUUUACCAAUACCUACAUAUAAUAAUGUCUAUUUUAUACUCUUUAAUUAUUAUACAAUACUCAUUUCUUUCUUUUUAAUAAAAUUUUGUUCCAUAAGCA